CAGCUGUCACUGCUGACAGCUGAAACGACCCCAAAAGCCCAUACUUUUCUAUAUAAGCUAUUGCUUCUCUCUGUUUCUUGGAAAAGAUCGUUCACGGUUCUCGUUUCUUUUCAUUUCUUUAUUUAUUUACCAUUCUUUCUUCGUUUUUCUCAACAAAUCUUCGCCCACCAACUCCUCUCCUCGUUUCUCUGCUUUUCGUCAGAACCUCUUUCCCUUCUCGACCCGUCCGUCAAACCUGAGUUUUCCAAGCCAUUUAUUGAGUUUCUUUCUUCUUUGUUGUUUUGAUUGUUGAGUUUGUUUGUGGAGAAAUAUGAUUUCUUCAAUUAAACAAUCAACUGGGUCUUUCACUCGGUGUGAUUUCUUGCCCAGAAGGCAGCGGUGUGUGGCGAAAUCGGAUGUUGUUUCAGUGCCCAGUUCUGCAAAUGUGCAGGGGUUUAAGUGUUCUGCAAAACCCUUGUACAUUUGUUCGGUUGAAGGGUUUGGGUCCAGAUCAAUUAGUUCCAAGUCCAGUAGCGUUUGCAGGGCUUAUGAGGCGGAACGAUCGCAGCCUUUGGACCUCAACAUUGAACUUUCGGACCAGGAGGCGCGAUCGGAGGCUGCCCAGAAGCUUAAGAUUGGUAUUUAUUUUGCGACUUGGUGGGCUCUGAAUGUGGUGUUCAAUAUAUACAACAAGAAGGUUUUGAACGCUUUUCCUUAUCCUUGGCUCACCUCAACUCUGUCGCUCGCAACUGGGUCGCUGAUGAUGUUGAUCUCCUGGGCUGUGAGGAUCGCUGAACCGCCCAAGACCGAUUUGGACUUCUGGAAAACCCUCUUUCCUGUUGCAGUAGCUCAUACAAUUGGGCAUGUGGCAGCAACUGUUAGCAUGUCAAAAGUUGCAGUUUCCUUCACCCACAUCAUCAAGAGUGGUGAGCCUGCUUUCAGUGUCUUGGUUUCAAGGUUUCUCUUAGGCGAGACCUUUCCGGUGCCGGUCUACUUCUCACUUCUGCCAAUUAUUGGAGGCUGCGCACUGGCUGCUGUCACUGAACUCAACUUCAAUAUGACUGGGUUUAUGGGGGCUAUGAUUUCAAAUCUGGCAUUUGUGUUCCGGAACAUAUUCUCAAAGAGAGGGAUGAAGGGGAAGUCCGUUGGGGGAAUGAACUACUAUGCCUGUCUUUCCAUGUUGUCUCUCUUGAUUCUCACACCUUUCGCCAUUGCUGUGGAAGGGCCCCAGAUGUGGGCGGCUGGCUGGCAAAAAGCUAUCUCUCAGAUUGGACCAAAUUUCAUAUGGUGGGUGGCGGCUCAGAGUGUCUUCUAUCACUUGUAUAAUCAGGUAUCAUACAUGUCCCUGGAUCAGAUCUCUCCCUUGACGUUUAGCAUAGGAAACACGAUGAAGCGGAUUUCUGUCAUAGUCUCCUCCAUCAUCAUCUUCCAUACACCUGUCCAACCCGUCAAUGCCCUUGGAGCUGCCAUUGCAAUCCUUGGAACGUUUCUCUAUUCGCAGGCUUGUUUUGAAGGAAACCCAUUUAAGACAGUACCAGGUCCUUUCAAGCUCUUCUGGCAGUGCAUGCGUUCCAAACCUGGGGAGGAACCAACUGAUCCAUUUCACUAUCUACAACUAGAUCCCCCAAAGCGAGAAGUGCAGCUUGAUAUAUUUAUUUGGAUGGUAUGUAACUUGGGUUUCACAGCCAUGAACAUGUCUUGUCUUCACAAAGUUUUCUUUCUUUCGCAGUUCCUGCUCUCAAUUGUCUCAGUAUCAUGCCUCAUUGAAACCCUGAAACAGAAUCUGGGUGGUGAUCCUUCUCUAUUUCCCAGCAACUUCCUCUUUGGGACUGCAUCUUCUUCUUAUCAGUUUGAAGGUGCAUUUCUGAAUGAUGGUAAAGGUUUGAGCAAUUGGGAUGUUUUCUCUCAUGAACCAGGUAAGAUAAGGGAUGGCAGUACUGGAGAUAUUGCUGUGGAUCAUUAUCAUCGUUACUUGGAAGACAUAGAUCUAAUGGUCUCUCUUGGAGUCAACAGCUACCGAUUCUCAAUUUCAUGGGCAAGAAUUCUACCAAAAGGGAGAUUUGGAGAAGUGAAUGCAGCUGGGAUUGACCACUAUAACAAACUCAUUGAUGCUCUUGUGCUCAAAGGGUUGGAACCAUUUGUAACAUUGACUCACUUUGACAUUCCCCAAGAACUUGAGGAUACAUUUGGAGGUUGGCUGAGUCCCAAAUUACAGGAGGAGUUUAGAUACUAUGCAGACAUCUGCUUCAAAACCUUUGGAGACAGGGUGAAGUACUGGGUUACCUUCAAUGAACCUAACAUCCAAGUUAUAGCUGGUUACCGUAGUGGCAGCUAUCCACCAUCUCGCUGCUCGAGCUCUUAUGGCAACUGUACCUAUGGGGACUCAGAGAAGGAACCCUUUGUUGCAGCCCAUAACAUCAUCCUAUCUCAUGCUACAGUUGUUGAUAUAUACAGAAGACAAUACCAGGAAAAACAAGGAGGUAGCAUUGGGAUUGUAUUGCAUGCUAAGUGGAUUGAACCCUUCAGCAACUCCACAGCAGACAAGUUAGCUGCUGAUAGAGCUCAAUCCUUCUCUAUGAACUGGUUCUUGGACCCAAUUAUAUUUGGAAGAUAUCCUGAAGAGAUGAAUACAAUUCUUGGAUCCAUUUUACCAGAAUUUUCAAGCAACGAUAGGAAGAAACUGAAUAAGGCAUUAGAUUUCAUUGGCAUCAACCACUACACUAGCUUGUACGCCCAGGACUGCAUUUUCUCCUUGUGUGAACCUGGAAAAGGAGCCUCCAGGACAGAAGGAUUCUGUCGACAAACUCCACAAAAGGAUGGUGUCUCCAUUGGAGAAUCAACUGCAUUGGCCUGGCUAUAUGUUUACCCACAAGGAAUGGAGAAAAUGGUUACCUAUGUAAAAGAGAGAUACAGUGGUAUACCCAUGUUCAUUACAGAAAAUGGGUACGUUGAUGAGAAUGAUCCUAAUUCCACCAUUGAAGAAUUUCUUUAUGAUGUCAAAAGAGUGGAGUACAUGGCUGCCUACUUAGAUGCACUAUCGACAGCUGUAAGAAAAGGAGCAGAUGUGAGGGGGUAUUUUGCCUGGUCCUUGCUUGACAACUUCGAGUGGACAUACGGAUAUACAAAAAGGUUUGGGCUACACCAUGUUGAUUAUGGCACACUGAAGAGAACUCCAAAAUUAUCAGCUACUUGGUACAAAUUAUUCAUUGCAAAGUACAGCUUAGUCAAAACCCUAAUUGUCAAAGAACAAUAAAGAAUAUUGCCAAUAUUAAAGAAUCCCUAAUGUUUUUGCCAAAUCUUGUAUGAAGCUAAAAGAAACAAAAAUAUGGCUGUAAAUGGAUUAUUGUAAUAUUAUUCGCUUUCAUGUUUGAUAUCA